GCACAAGAAUAAGACAUUCUUCGUAGGGACACCGUAGGAAGUGGUGCAAACAAGGCAAAGCCGUGUUUCGGGGAGCCGCCUCUGAAUAACUUGAGGGUCCCAGCACUUCAUGGGAGCUUGUCAACACAAUGUCUGCCCCGUUUACGGCCAUCUUACCAACGGCAGCGCAUCACGACAUCUCGAAAGAAGUUAUAUAAACACACGUCUCUCUUAUUACCAGCACAAUUCCUCUGGCGUCGCAUAGAACCAGUUCUGGAUUUUUGUUUUAACAUUGCCUCCUCGCCCAUCACCUGUGAGGGCGUGGGACAGUGGUGAGCGGCGGCGGCAGAGGUCGCUCUGCUCCGCUCGGCUCGGCUCGGCUGGGCUGUCACUCGGCCCUGAUUUAACGGCGGCUUCCUCCCGGCCUUCACUCGGCAGUUGAGCUCUGGGAGGAUGCAGAGCAGCGCGGAGGAGUGAAGAGGGAACUCAGCAAGGCAUGGCAUGGGGUCGAAGAGCCUUCGGCGCGCUGCUCCCGCUCGGCAGGACCAUCCCGUGGGCCGGCAGGUGGCCGGCGGCGCGGACACAGCUGCAAAAGGAUUCAGAAUCUCGCAUCCACCUGAGACAAAGUACAGUGACCUUUCACAGCACCCUGGUUUCAUCUGAUGAGGUGACUGUUGAACACAAGAAUAGGUUUACAAUAAUUUCCAUCACACUCCCCUCCAGAAAUGAGCGCUGCCAGUUUAUUGUGAAGCCAUUGUUGGUGAAUGUUGGAGACUUUCUCAAGGACAUAAAGGAAGAGGAUCAAGGCAUCAGCAAUGUUGCAAUAUUUUCAGGAGAUGGCGCCAGAGUUUCUGCCUGCACACCAAUGACUGUUCUGCUAUCAAAUAACUUUCAAUUAGUUAUUAACAAGGCAAAUUAUUUUGUAACACCUCCUCAUAAAGACCAGAUAAGUAGUGAGCGGUCUGUGGAAAUGGAUGGUAUAAAAGAUUUGACUCAUAAGCUUUACAUGGCGUUUCAUAUACAAGAACACCAACUGCACAAAGAGUGGGAACUCCUGGAGAAACUGGAAAAUCUAAAUGGAAAACUACAGAUUUUCAAACAGAUGAAGUCGCGAUUAUUCCUGAAAGCUGAAGCUAAAUCCAGUCGGUUGCUGUGGAUAGGUUUGGCUCUAAUGUCCACACAAGCUGGAGCAUUAGCCUGGUUAACAUGGUGGGUCUACUCCUGGGACAUCAUGGAGCCUGUCACCUACUUCAUAGCCUGUGGGAGUUCCAUGGUCUUUUAUGCAUACUUCCUCAUCACUCGUCAGGACUGGGUGUAUAAUGAAAUGAAAGAAAGACAGAAACUUCGCUACUUUCAUCGAUUUGCCAGAAGAUGUAGAUUUGAUGUAGGAAACUACAACAAAAUCAAGGAAGAGAUAGCUAAGGUAGAAGAGGAUCUCAGACGACUGAGGAACCCUUUACAACUGCAUAUUCCGAUUGAACAGUUAAACAGCAAAGACUGAAAUUCUACAGCUGAUGAGGGUGUAAAUUGGGACUUGAGUUUGUAUGACAUAUCCAAGAUUUGAUCACUCUUACUGUUCUGGUCAUGUUUGAUUUUAUUCAAUCCUUUUUGGAAAUACCCACUGCAUUUUUUCAGUGAGGUGCUGUGAAAGUGAUGUAUAUAAUCUCUGCUUUCAGGGCACAUGUCAUGUUUUUGACAUGAUCCCUUGCAUUUCUUACACUGAAAACUCACUGCUUUUUUAUAUAUGCAACACACAGCCCAAUUUGCCAGGCAUCUUCCCUAAAGUAAGUUAGAACAACAGCUAGGACUUUGCAUUGUCUCACUUAGAGCACAGUUUUAUAAAUGCUAUCUGUCCAACAUCUCAUUACUGGGAGCAGUUAGAGGCAGGAAUGAGCCGUAUGCAUGGCUUCUCAAAUUUGGAUCAGAUUUCUGCUUGAGUGAGUUUCCAAUGACAGAAUCUGAAUCCGAAUCCAAAUCAGGUUUAAUAUCACUGCGUAAGUUGUGAAUUUUUUUGUUUUGCAGUAGCAGUACAUUGCAAUACAUAAGAAUAAAAACUAUAAAUUACAAUAAAACAUGCCUUAUUAUUAAAUAAGUUGUACAAAAAGAGAACAAAAAAAGGUAAAAAUAGGUAGUGUACAUGUGUUCAUUGUCCAUUCAGACAUCUGAUGGCAGAGGAAAAGGUCACAAGUUAAUUACAAAGCAAUGGUCCUCAUUAAUAGAAAGCUUAGCAGGGUUGUGAAGUUAACAACACAAUACAAAUUUCCUUUACCAACUGAUCAUGAAUAAUCACUGAUGUUCUAAUUAUUUUAGAAGAUGAAAGGAUUUUUUAAAGAGUUACUAUAAGUAACUGCAAUAAAAAGAGAUCCAAUUGAUUUUGUUAUGGAACUAAAUUCCUGUAUGCUUAAGGAGACAGAUAUGCAAGGAUGACAGUCAACUUAUCUGAUGAGGUGCUGUGAUAAAGGAGAUGUUUAAACAUUUAUUUGAAUCUGAGGAAGAGCAGAACUGGAGAAUGAUGCAGUCCUUCUACUGUGCUCAGUGAUGAUAGUUCCCAUGGGGUUUAUCUGUUGUAACAAACACAGCUAUCCAGGUACUUUAAAAUGGGUGUUGCACAAACCAUACUCCACUGCCUUGGAAAAAAAUUACAGUGGAUGGAACAAGAUUGGGUUAGGGUUAGCGUUAGGUUUAGGGUUAAACCCUAACCCCAAACCCCUCCCAGGAGCCAAGUACACCACGCACCAGCACCACGCCACCCCAUAAACAUCUCCAACUCUAUACCUCACCCUAACCCUAAUUUCCAAGGGACCGUGCACCCCAACUAAACCGGACAGCACCCCAAAUAACCCUAACCACACCACACUAAAGGGCUUACAUAAUAGUCCUUUGCCCUACCACUAAACCUAACACCUCCAACCCUGCUACACACCCCCAGAAACCCAAACCCUCACCCCAUCAAGGGGCCAAAUUCACACAAUAUCACCAGCAGUUAGGCUCCUAUUUCAGCCCUCCCCCCCGCAAAACCAUUUGCCACCCACCCCACCUCGCUUUGCCGUGAAUCCUCAACAACCAUUACCUAACUCUACCCCUGGGCAUGUCCUUCCCCACACACCCCUCAAUUAGCUACUGCACAGCCCCCAGAUCACAGCACGCAGGCCCUAUAAAAAAAGUCCCCAAAUCCAAAACACGAUCCACAGGCAAGAACUCCACCAUUUUAAAUUAAACUCCAGAAUGGAAGUCAAAGAGGAGGAAGAUCCCAAUAAAGGCAAGUUGCGGACUGAGAUGAUUACAACGUGGGCCAAAAACAAAGUGGCAGGGUGAAGUGAUACUGCAUCUCCAGUAAGAGAUCCACAAAUACGAGAGCGAUAUUUUGUCCACUACCCGCAUACUCGCAUCCUAGCCCAAGCCCCAGCCCAUUCCCUAACCCUAACCCUAGCUAAUUCCUAUGCCCAAACCCAAGCCCGUUCCCUAACCCUAACCCUAGCCAAUUCGCUAACCCUGACCCCAGCACAUUCCCUAACCCGGCCCCUAGCCCAUUCCCUAAACCUAACCCCAAACCCAUUCCCUAACCCUAGCCCAUUCCCUAACACUAACCCUAACCCCAGCCCAUUCCCGAACCCUGACCCUAGACCAUUCCCUAACCCUAACCCUGACCAUAGCCCAUUCCCUAAUCCUAACACUAGCCCAUUCCCAAAUGCUAGCCCUUGCCCUAACCCUAGCCCGAGCCCAUUCCCUAACCCUGGCCCAUCCCAUACCCUAACCGUAACACUAGCCCAUUCCCUAACCCUAACCCUGACCCUAGCCCAUUCCUUAACCCUAACCCUAAUUGAAUCUCAAAUGAGGAGAUCAAAAAGCACAAGAGGGCUGAUUUGCCCACUGCCCACAUACUCUCAACCUAACCUUACAGUGACACGCUCUUCAUUCUCCCGGUCGACAAAAUGCCAAGAAAAAAGCCCAGAUGUCCAAACGGCGAGAGAGAACCAGAAAGUUAAACCCAAGCUGGGUCCACAGAAAACAAGUCACCACUAAACUCAGGUGCAGAGACACUGAAUGCCCAGUAAACACUGUCAAUUUAAACCAUGCAAUCCCAGGCAUACAGAUGCCAGGUAAUGAUGUUUAAAAACAUCAUUACCCUCAUAGUUACAUGCCCCUCAUUAUCCAGGUUCAUGGGAAAUCACAAGCCGAGCUUGAUCAACUCCGGCUGGGUCGCCUCGGGGAGGGUGUCUAAUGAUGAAAGACCCGAAACACCUGAUGAUCCAAGUUUGCAUUGCUGAUGAUGUGUCCCAGUGCACACCCGGUUCAUUGAACCAAGUGGUGUCAGACCACGAUAAUGAAAGGCAUAGGCCAGAUUCACCUGGAUUCACCACAUGAGCCUAUGCGCCUUACCACCUCAUACCUCACCACUCAAAACUUGGCAGCCUUACCUCUGCCAGUCACACAUAUACAUCCACCAGCCCAACACUCAAACCUAAUCCUAAAGUGCAAGGGGGCACACACCCAUAAACCCUCUGCACAUCCUGAUUAUCAUGCCACACCCCCACAAACAUCUAGGCACACCCUGACUAACCCUGGCCACACCCCCACAAACCCGAUUACCUUGGUCAGGAGGGGCAAGAUCCAAGAAAGGCAAGUGUUGGACCUGGUUAAUGAAGAUGUGGGCCCGAUCAAAGUGACAGGGUUGCGUGAAAUUGAAUCUCGAGGAGAUCAAAAAGCACAAGAGGGCUGAUUUGCCCACUGCCCGCAUACUCUCAAACUAACCCUAAACCCAGCCCAUUCCUUAACCCUGACCCUAACCCCAACCCUAGCCCAUUCCCUAAUCCUAACACUAGCCCAUUCCCAAACGCUAGUCCUUGCCCUAACCCUAGCCCUAGCCCAUUCCCUAACCCUGGCCCAUCCCAUACCCUAACUGUAAUACUAGGCCAUUCCCAUACCCGAAACCUGACCCUAACCCUAACCCUGACCCUAGCCCAUUCCUUAACCCUAACCCUAAUUGAAUCUCAAGUGAAGAGAUCAAAAAGCACAAGAGGGCUGAUUUGGCCACUGCCCACAUACUCUCAACCUAACCCUAACCCAAGGGGGCACACUCCCCGACAAACCCUCGGCACAUCCCGAUUAUCUCUGCCACACCCCCACAAACCCUAGGCACACCCCGACUAACCCUGGCCACACCCCCACAAACCCGAUUACCUUUCUCAGGAGGGGUAAGAUCCAAGAAAGGCAAGUGUUGGACCUGGUUAAUGAAGGCGUGGGCCAGAUCAAAGUGGCAGAGUUGCGUGAAAUUGAAUCCCAAGUGAGGAGAUCAAAAAGCACAAGAGGGCUGAUUUGCCCACUGCCCGCAUGCUCUCAACCUAACCCUGACUCCAGCCCAUUCCCUAACUCUGGCCCAUCCCAUACCCUAACCGUAACACUAGCCCAUUCCCAAACCCGAAACCUGACCCUAUCCCAUUCCCUAACCCUAACCCUGACCCUAGUCCAUUCCAUAACCCUAACCCAAAUUGAAUCUCAAAUGAGGAGAUCAAAAAGCACAAGAGGGCUGAUUUGCCCACUGCCCGCAUACUCUCAACCUAACCUUACAGUGACACGCUCUUCAUUCUCCCGGUCGACAAAAUGCCAAGAAAAAAGUCCAGAUGCCCAAAUGGCGAGAGAGAACCAGAAAGUUAAACCCAAGCUGGGUCCACAGAAAACAAGUCACCACUAAACUCAGGUGCAGAGACACCGAAUGCCCGGUAAACACUGUCAAUUUAACCCAUGCAAUCUCAGGCAUACAGAUGCCAGGUAAUGAUGUUUAAAAACAUUAUUACCCUCAUAGUUACAUGCCUCUGAUUAUCCUGGCCCAUGGGAAAACUCAAGCCGAGGUGGAUCAACUCCGGCUGGGUCACCUCGGGGAGGGUGUCUAAUGAUGAAAGACCCGAAACACCCGAUGAUCCGAUGUGCAUUACUGAUGAUGUGUCCCAGUGCACACCCGGUUCAUAGAACCAAGUGGUGUCGGACCACGAUAAUGAAAGGCAUGGGCCAGAUUCACCUGGCUUCACCACACAAGCCUAUGCGCCAUAGCACCACUCCAAACUCUGCAGCCUUGCCUCUCCCAGUCACACACACACAUCCACCAGCCCAACACUCAAACCAAAUCCUAAAGUCCAACGGGGCACACACCCCCACAAAUCCUCGGCACAUCCCGAUUAUCAUGCCACACCCCCACAAACCCUAGGCACACCCCGACUAACACUGGCCAAACCCCCACAGACCUGAUUACCUUUGUCAGGAGGGGCAAGAUGCAAGAAAGGCAAGAAAGGACCUGGUUAAUGAAGGCGUGGGCCAGAUCAAAGUGGCUGGGUUGGAUGAAAUUGAAUCUCAAGUGAGGAGAUCAAAAAGCACAAGAGGGCUGAUUUGCCCACUGCCCGCAUACCCUCAACCUAACCUUACAGUGACACGCUCUUUGUUCUCCCGGUCGACAAAAUGCCAAUAAAAAAGCCCAGAUGCCCAAAAGGCGAGAGAGAACCAGAAAGUUAAACCCAAGCUGGGUCCACAGAAAACAAGUCAGCUCUAAACUCGAGUGCAGAGACACUGAAUGCCCAGUAAACACUGUCAAUUUAACCCAGGCGUACAGAUGCCAGGUAAUGAUGUUUAAAAACAUCAUUACCCUCAUAGUUACAUGCCUCUCAUUAUCCUGGUCCAUGGGAAAACACAAGCCGAGCUUGAUCAACUCUGGCUGGGUCACCUCGGGGAGGGUGUCUAAUGAAGAAAGACCUGAAACACCCGAUGAUCCGAGGAUGCAUUACUGAUGAUGUGUCCCAGUGCACACCCGGUUCAUUGAACCAAGUGGUGUCGGACCACGAUAAUGAAAGGCAUAGGCCAGAUUCACCUGUCUUCACCAUACAAGCCUAUGCCCCAUAGCACCUCAUACCUCAGCACUCAAAACUUUGCGGCCUUACCUCUCCCAGUCACACAAACACAUCCACCAGCACAACACUCAAACCUAAUCCUAAAGUGCAAGGGGGCACACACCCAUAAACCCUCGGCACAUCCCGAUUAUCAUGCCACACCCCCACAAACCCUAGGCACACCCCGACUAACCCUGGCCACACCCCCACAAACCCGAUUACCUUUGUCAGGAGGGACAAGAUCCAAGAAAGGCAAGUGUUGGACCUGGUUAAUGAAGGCGUGGGCGAGAUCAAAGUGACAGGUUUGCGUGAAAUUGAAUCUCCAGUGAGGAGAUCAAAAAGCACAAGAGGGUUGAUUUGCCCACUGCCCGCAUACUCUCAAACAAACCCUAACCCCAGCCCAUUCCCUAACCCUGACCCUAGUCCAUUCCCUAACCCUAACCCCAACCCUAGCCCAUUCCCUAAUCCUAACACUAGCCCAUUCCCAAACGCUAGCCCUUGCCCUAACCCUAGCCCUAGCCCAUUCCCUAACCCUGGCCCAUCCCAUACCCUAACCGUAACACUAGCCCAUUCCCAUACCCGAAACCUGACCCUAGCCCAUUCCUUAACCCUAACCCUAAUUGAAUCUCAAGUGAGGAGAUCAAAAAGCACAAGAGGGCUGAUUUGCCCACUGCCCGCAUACUCUCAACCUAACCCUAACCCAAGGGGGCACACUCCCCCACAAACCCUCGGCACAUCCCGAUUAUCUCUGCCACACCCCCACAAACCCGAUUACCUUUGUCAGGAGGGGCAAGAUCCAAGAAAGGCAAGUGUUGGACCUAGUUAAUGAAGGCGUGGACCAGAUCAAAGUGGCUGGGUUGCGUGAAAUUGAAUAUCAAAUGAGGAGAUCAAAAAACACAAGAGGGUUGAUUUGCCCACUGCCCGCAUACUCUCAACCUAACCUUACAGUGACACGCUCUUCAUUCUCCUGGUCGACAAAAUGGCAAUAAAAAAGCCCAGAUACCCAAAAAGCGAGAGAGAACCAGAAAGUUAAACCCAAGCUGGGUCCACAGAAAACAACUCACCACUAAACUCAGGAGCAGAGACACCGAAUGCCCAGUAAACACUAUCAAUUUAACCCAUGCAAUCCCAGGCAUACAGAUGCCAGGUUUUGAUGUUUAAAAACAUCAUUACUCUCAUAGUUACAUGUCUCUCAUUAUCCUGGUCCAUGGGAAAACCCAAGCCGAGCUUGAUCAACUCCGGCUGGGUCGCCUCGGGGAGGGUGUUUAAUGAUGAAAGACCCGAAACACCUGAUGAUCCGAGGAUGCAUUACUGAUGAUGUGUCCCAGUGCACACCCGGUUCAUUGAACCAAGUGGUGUCAGACCACAAUAAUGAAAGGCAUGGGCCAGAUUCACCUGGCUUCACCACACAAGUCUAUACGCCAUAGCACCUCAUACCUCACCACUCAAAACUCCACAGCCUUACCUCUCCCAGUCACACAUAUACAUUCACCAGCCCGAUACUCAAACCUAAUUCUAAAGUCCAAGGGGGCACACACCCCGACAAACCCUCGGCACAUCCCGAUUAUCUCUGCCACACCCCCACAAAUCCUAGGCACACCCCAACUAACCCUGGCCACACCCGCACAAACCCGAUUAGCUUUCUCAGGAGGGGCAAGAUCCAAGAAAGGCAAGUGUUGGACCUGGUUAAUGAAGGCGUGGGCCAGAUCAAAGUGCAGGGUUGCGUGAAAUUGAAUCUCAAGUGAGGAGAUCAAAAAGCACAAGAGGGCUGAUUUGCCCACUGCCCGCAUACUCUCAACCUGACCUUAAACCUAGUGCGACCUGGUUAAUGAAGGCGUAGGCCAGAUCAAUGUGGCAGGGUUGCGUGAAAUUGAAUCUCAAGUGAAGAGAUUAAAAGGCACAAGAGGGCUGAUUUGCCCACUGUCCGCGUACUCUCAACCUCACUCUAACCCUAAUCCUAACCCAAACCCAAACCCUAACCCUUUAAAGAAUGCUUUAUAACAGAGGGAUCCCGGAAUAAUGGUGCAUAGUUCCCUGAAGAUGGAAUCUCAUGUGGAUAGGGUGGUGAAGAAAGCUGUUGGUUUGCUGGCCUUUAUUAAUCAGUGCAUUGAGUAUAGAAGUUGGGAUGUAAUGUUGAAUUUGUAUAAGGCAUUGGUAAGGCAAAAUCUGGAGUAUUAUGUACAGUUCUGGUCAACAAAUUAUAGGAAAGAUGUCAAUAAAAUUGAGAGAGUACAGAGGAGGUUUACUAAAAUGUUGCCUGGGUUUCAUCUCCCAAGUUACAGAGAAAGGUUAUACAAGUUAGGUCUUUAUUCUUUGGAGCGUAGAAGGUUGAGAGGAGACUUAAUAGAGGUGUUUAAAAUUGUGAGGGGGAUUGAUAGUGUUGACGUGGUUAGUCUUUUUCAAUUGAGAGUGGGGAGGAUUUUUGGCUUUCUUUUUCACCAUUGAACUGUACUGACAAUUUGAUACCAUUCUUCAGCAUUGCUGCAAAAGGUCAUAAGAAUAUUCUUCACGCUAUGGAUUUCAAAUGAGAAAGAACCUCAUAAAUUUUUCUAUUGAACAUAAUUUUAUAAUCCCAUUUGGUUAUGAAAAACUUGGUUUUAGGGUAUUUUUAUAACUUCCAUUAGUAAUUUUAAAGCAAGUGCUGCAACUGCUCAUGGCUAAGCUCCAGGGAAGUGUCAAAAGUGAUUAUAUUUUCUAUUUGUUACUGGUUCCUUAAGUCUUGCUUUAAUUUGGAAAAUUGGAAGUUGUGAUCCUAUUUGUUAAUGUUCAAAGUAAAUUAAGUAUUAAAGUAUA